UAAAAAUGUGCUGUUUGUAGGCAGAGCAUUACCAGAUGUUGGUUGAAGAGUUGAAAGAAAACCACAUACAGCUGCAGCUUUUCCGACUUUAUCACAAUGAGAAAAAAAUUGAAAUUUUAAAUAAUAAAUUGGAUGAAAAGAACAUGGAUAUAAAUACUAAGGAAGACUCUCUGACUUCUGCUGAAGAUACAUUUAAAGCUAAGAAAAAAGUGUUUGGAAUAUUAAAUAGAGACCAACAACACAUGGAAAAAAAAAUGAAAACUCUAGAAGCAUCACUGAAUCAGAAGAGGCCCCAGUAUAUUAAAGCAAAGGAGAACACGUCUCACCAAAUCAAGAAAGUAGAUAUGGUUAAGAAAUCCUUAAAAGAUAAUGAGAAACACCUUGCUAAGCAAAAGCUAAACAUAAAAGAAUUAGAAGCCGAGUUGACUGAUGUUGAGAGAAGUUGGGCAGUAUACGAAAGGAAGGUUGAAGAAGAGAAGUUGCAGAGAGGAGCAGAUGUUGAGCUGGAAGCAAGUCAAGUGAGUUGUAGCGCUUGCAGUGUGAGGAAGGAAGAGCACUUGACUGAGUAAAAUCCGGGCUCUGUUAAACCUAAUGGUAGUUUACCAUUGACUUCAGUAGGCCCAUGAUUUCACUCAUGGUCUUCAAAGAGUAGUUACAAAUGCAUUUUGACUUGGUUCUUUUUCUUUGCAAUUUAGUAUAUUUGUUGAAUAGGUUGAGGAAAAAUAGUGAUAUUUUUCAUUUCUUAUAGGAUUAUCCUGGAAAACUGACAGACUUAUUCUUUGUCAAUUUGUACAUAAACUUUGUGAG